UUAUUUUUUAGAUUUUCCAUCAACUUUGCAAAUGAGGUUAACGAAAAUCCACAGUCUGUCGCUUAUCAAUUCAAAUGGGAUCUAGCUAACAACGUACUAAUCGAGGACUACAAGGAAAAUGACGAAUGGAUGAACUACAAAGAAACGCAGUUCGACACAUUAGAUGGUCGGUUUAAAGCUCACUUAACGCAUACUAAUAAAGCUAUGAUUAAUGAUAGCAUAAGCAAAGGCUUUCUCAACACUAACUCAAUUAUAAACACUACUGACGCAUUUGUAAAUACCAAUUCGUAUUCUCUUUUAGGGCCGGAAUUUGCCCUAGAAUUCGCGUUCCAAGAUGAUGGCAUCUAUGUAUACUCGGUGUAUGAAGAUGGUCGAAAUUAUAUCACACAAUUUCAACCCGAAAGCGAUUUUCAAUACAUUGAAUCGGUACAGGUGUGGGGCGAUGUGGAAAAAAUUACACAAUUAUCAUUCAUAUAUAAUUAAGCGCCACUUGCAAGGGACAAUGUUGCCAUAUCAAAUAAAUGCAUAUUGCAUUGGCAAAAAGCAAUAUCAAUGGAACAUUUGAUCGGCUAUCGGUUUGGAAAAUGUUAGUAAGAUGAGCUAUACUUACAUAGUUUUAAAUUGGCUUGCAUGAGCAACUAAAUAUUAAAUUAUUUAAUACCUAAACUCAUUACCAAGAAAAAAGUAUUAUUUUGGAUUGAUUUCAUGCUUUCGAAUUGUGUUUGUCCAAGAUUUCACACAUUUUACUUAUUUAUUUGCGACUUUCCAUUAAUGGCUAUAUAUUUUUAGUAGUUUCUUAGUUCUUGAUUUGAUAAAUUAGAAAUCACCUAGCAGUAUUGAACCGAAAAGUAUUAAACACCGACACUUACAUAUGUAUUGUAUAUAUUUAACCUAAUCUUAGGCGCAGCUCACGGUUGUAAAGCAGCAAUUACUGGCACUGCAAAGUCUCCCGUCGCAAGUGAAGUACACCGCCCCACCCCGCCCACCAGCACCAUGCCUUGUUAAGAAUUCAAAUUUGUUUACGUUUCUUAGCAUGCGUUAUUGCCGUAAAAUGCACAAGUUUAUCGACAUAUAUUCAUAUUAAUUAACUUGUAUACUUAAGCACCGGCCAUUCGCGCAUUUAAAUUUCCUGCCAUAAUUGACGCUGUUCAGGGGCGUAACGAAAGCCCAACGCUGUAUGCUACAUAUGUAUGUAUGUAUGUAUGUAUGUACACCUGCAUACCUUUAACGCGGCUCUUUUACAACUGGCUAUCAGUUAACUUUCGCAUGCCCACCCGCCCGCCUACAUUAAACCUCGCUGCAAUCUAAGCCUAAGUUAGUGCUAAGUUUAAGCUGUAUGUAUAUAGUAUGCAUUAACAUUUUUAUUUGAUUAACCAACGAUUUGAUUUUUAAAUGCUGCUUAAAAUUUCUAUAUAUACCAAAGAUCAAAUAUAAGCAAAUGAAAUGUGGCUGAUAAAAUUAUACAUACUUUAAAGAUGUAAUUAUGAUGCCUUAAAAUGUUUAAACUGAGUUUACAUUCAACAAAAAUUAUACUCAAAAGCUAAUCAAUUAAACCACUUAAACUUAAAUACGCCUAGUUUAUAGGUUUAAAGUACCAUAAGUAUUUAAAUGCUUUCAAGAUGCCGUUAAGUUGAUAAUACAAAAAACAAAAAAUCUUGCAUGUACUCGGGUAAGUAGAUAUGUAUGUUCAUUUGUUCACCUGAAAAC